AUGUAUUCAAUUCAAUAUAAUUCAAAUAAUUCAUCUUAUGAAACAAUAAGACGACGACAACUAAAACAACAACAAUUAAUAUUUAAUAAUCGUCAAAUGAUUAAAACAAAACAAUAUUAUUUUUGGUCAACUAAAUUUUAUGAUAAUAAAAAUAAAUCAAAAGAUAUACUACCAGUUUAUCAAACAUCAUGUACUUUUCAAAAAUCGACAAAUGAUGACGCAAAUGGUAUAUUUCAUCGUUUACCGUUAAUAUCAUUUUGUGUACCUGAUGUAUAUUCUUCAGGAUCAAAUGGUAAAUAUUCACCACCACCAUCAUCAUCAAAUUUACCUCCACCACCAUCUGAAUGGCUCCCCUAA